GUGUGAAUGGCAAAACACCAAAGAAGAAGAGGCCAUGUGGAAAUAAAUUUUGCGGGUUGUUUUGAAUAUUAAUUUGCUUCCUUAAUUUGCACAUAGGAGAAGUAAAAAACGAAGUAAACAUCUUCCCCAAAGCAGCCCCAGCAAAGACGAAAUGCCUCGACGCUACAGCAAGAGACUGAGGCUGGAUAAACUGAACAACUCGGCCAACUCGAGUUCCGCCCGGGAGUGCAGCAAUGACGAGAAGGGGCGCGAGUCGGAAGACGAUGGCGAGGAUGCCUGCAAUAACUCUGAUGAGGGGCGAGAGUCUGGAGGCGAAGGCGAUGAUGACGAGAUCAAAGCGCCAGGCAACUAUUUGCGUUACGUGAUGGAAACCACGGCCCAUUUCAGCCACCCGUCGCUGAACAAGGGCUUGGCUGUAAAGCCGGACGAAAAGCUGCAGACGUUUCCCAGCUGCAGAGAGUAUGUGCCAGUGCCAGUGUUCGUGGCCAGUGACGGACAGACGCCCCACAUUGAGCCCUGUGUGCAGCGGCCACAGGCGUACGAUGAUUAUAUGCACCAGCUACAGCUUCUAAAAACCCAAUACGACAAGCGCACCAAGCAAAUGAAACAGAGAGAGAAGAAGCACCAGGAAAGGAUUUACGAUGCGCGCCUUUUUGACAUUGCAGAACACAUAGCCUCGCAGGAGAAUCGAUACUUCAUGGACAGCUACGACUACUACUACACGGGCGGCAACCUCCAGACAAUGAGCUACCAGGGCAAGACCCUGGCCAUGCACGUGAGUGGCGACAGGCUGCGGGACUUGCACUUCUCCGAGGUGCACGACGAGGCCUUUUUGUGGCAUCCCCUGUACUCGGCCAUGCUGAAGGAGACGACCAGCGAGGCCUUCCAGCUGCUGCCAAUGGAAAGCUUUCGCGUCAACCACGGCCACAUGUUCCUCGCCCGCUUUCUGAGGGAGAUUUCCAUCUACGAGUUGAAGGAGACGGACUUGAGCGAGGAAUACGAGCUGGUCUGUCAGAGCAAGUUCAGCAGCCAGGAUGUGCCCUUUAUCAGCGCCGCCCAGGCGGCGGGCAACGCCAACAUACUGGCCAUCGCCUGCCAGGAUCGGACCGUGAGCUUCAUAGACCUCGUCACGCAGCAGGACAUCGACAAGCACAAUGUGUGCAUGCUGAAGUCCUUCAACAAGCACAGCAGCACCUGGGCCCAGCUGAUUCCCGCGGGUAGCAGCAGUUUCCACUACCUUUGCCAGCCGAUGCUGCUUACGGUGGACGUGCGCAUCGACCAGCCGCUCAAUCCCUGCCACGCCAGCAGUGUCGACAUGAAUCAGUGCGAGGCCUUCUCCUGCCUCGCCCGCAGCGCCAAUCCCAACCUGCUGUAUGUGGCCAGCAACCACAAGCUCCACUGCCUCGACAUACGCUGCCUGGGCAAGAGGCUGUCCGACCGCGCCGUGCUCACCUGGACCCACCAGAUGACCUACCCGCCCACCUUCAUGGACACUUGCAUAUACAACGGCAGCGAGUACGUUGCCAUGAGCAGCCUCCUGGCCAGCGAUCAGCGCAUCUGCGAGCUGAGCGGCGCCCUGGCCCAAAACGUCAACAAUAUGUCCUCGCCGACGAUUCCAUACAAACCGCUCUCGCUGGAGGAGACUCUGCUCGAUGCGCAACUGCAGGGCUCCGUCGAUGUGUACGCAAAUCUGCAGGAGCGAGUCAAGGCGUGCGUCACGGGGCUGCGCUUCAACAUGCUGGAGAACGAGACCGCCCAGCAUGACUUUGCCCAGCUGCUGACCUCCAACAGCAUCGGGGAUGUCUUCAGUCAGCGGCUGACGGUGCGCAAUGAAGUCAAUGAGUACCGCUCGGGCCUCCACACCAUACCGGCCAUCUCCUACUACGGAAAAAUAGUUAACCAGUGCGUAAACCGGCAGGAACUCAGGUGCACCGAGGUGCAGUCCAUUCCCAUACUGAGGGACAUCAUCAAGACGGAAGCACGCCGCGCUUCAAUAGAAGAAGAGAAACCCGAGGAAAUCAGCAUCGAGUACGGUCUGGAGGAGUCGCAGGAAGAGAUUCAAGCUUCCCAAGAAACGAACACCUCAAAGGAGAAUGGUGAUCUCGAACCGCCCAAAGCGGAUGCAAAGCAGAAGGCGAGAGAAGUCAGCCGCGGACCCUGGCAGAAAUCCGCCCACAAACUGUCCAGCUACACGGACAUGCUGAGCACCCGGCUCCUCAGUGUGUGGGACAUGGACGACUACGACCACACCCGAGACAUGUACGCCAGCAUGAUCAACGAGCAGUUGAAGGAGGAAAAGACGGAGCCAGACGACCGCAUGGACGACUGGCUGAAUCAGCUCAAACCAGAGGCCCCCAUAUCGGAGGACGACGACUCUCCCCUAGUGCCCGGCACAAAUCUGAUCAAACGCUAUGGACUCACAUCGGCGGACUGCGCCCGCAUCGAGUCGAUUGAAAUCGAAGACCCUCAAGCUCUAGUCAGCCCACAGCAAGAGACGUCUGCCGAUGUUCUGGUCAGCCCCAAGAAGGAGACGUAUACGGACGACAACCUGGAGGCCAGCUGCAGCCAGCGACGAUACUCCAGUCUACUCCCUGGAGAGUCAACGAUCAUCGAGUAUGAUUUCGAGAAAGCGGCCAUGAACAUUGUUAGGGCCGAACCCAAUCCUAAUCGUGCUCCUGCCAAGAAACCCAAGACCAACUACACCAAAGGAUUCUAGUUCACGUCCGACUCCAAUGAACAGCUGCUGGGAUUAGUUGGGACGGGAUGGGAUAGAAUUUGUUAUUUGUAUCAUCUAUGUAGGCCUUGAGAACAGAAUCGUGCGCUGAUUAUAUAUUUGGAAGCUGUGUAUAUUAUCCAAGUCGGGCUCAUAGGCAGGAUUCACUAUGCCACCGAUGGGCUCCACCACGAACCGAUCGUUUCGACGCUUGAGGGCAAAGCCCAGGGUAUUAUUCUGUAGUUCCUGCAACAUUUUCUGGACCACCACACGACCGCGUUGAGAGUGCCACUGAUUUCAACUGAUUUUCCAAUUAAUUUGUUCAGAUUUUA